AUGACCGCUGAUCGGGAAAAAGUUUGUGAGAAAAAAAUUAAAAGUGCAGAACUUAAAUUAAAUAAAAUAUUAAACAAAAUUGAUAGUUUAAAACUCACUGAUUAUUUUAUUUCGAGCUUAGAUCUUCCAAAUAAUAAACGACUUAUUAAUUUAUUUUAUUUACGUUUCACUACGAAAAAAUAUAUUGUGCUUGGGUUAAUAAUAUUUGCGUCUGCCGUCAUUUGGUGGUUUUAUUCAGAAGCGAUGAUUACAGGUUGCUUUGUUUAUUUACCCGAUCAACUCAAGUCACUGUUUCGACAGCCAGAGGACUGCUCGAUGUGUAUCGGUGUUACUGACGUCACACGUUUGGAAAACAUAAGCGCAGAUGAAUUUGAGGAACUGUACGCGUAUAACACUAAGCCCGUUAUUGUCACCGAUGCUACGAAGGAUUGGGAAGCUAUAGAAAAAUUCAAUUUUAAUUUUUUCGUCGACUUCUACCGGAAUACCAAAAUGGGUAGAAGAAUAAACGAUUGCUUCUACUUCGCUUAUAAGUCCGGUUUGAACUCGUUGAGCGAGGUGUUUAAUAUGGAUGAAACUAGAGCAAACCUGUCUGGAGAGCCGUGGUACGUGGGUUGGAGCACAUGCUACGAUGAGGAGACCAGGGCCUUGAGGAAGUACUACAAUAGGCCGUAUUUCCUGCCGAAGACGGCUGAGAGCGAUAUGGUAGAUUGGAUUUUUAUGGGCGGUCCAGGGCAAGGAGCUCACAUGCACGUGGACUCUGUGCGACACGUGUCGUGGCAGGCACAAGUGCGCGGCCGCAAGCGCUGGGAGCUGGCUCCGCCUCCGGAGUGUCUGUACGAGUGCUCGAGGAUCUCCUUUACCGUGCUUCCAGGAGAGAUACUGGUGGUGGACACGAACCGCUGGUACCACAAAACGAACGUGCUUCCCGGAGACAUCAGCAUCACCAUCGGGGCCGAAUAUGACUAAAUUCUUUGUACCUGUUCUUGUACACUACAGAAUUUCAUGUACCUGUUUCUUGUACACAACAGAAUAUCUUAUACCUUUUUCUUGGACACUACAGAAUUCCUUGAAGCAGUGUAGAAACUGUGUAUAUGUUGAACCCAUUAAGCGGUUUCAAUUUAGAAAGGUUUAUAUAUAUAUAUAUUAGUUGUUUGCCGUGAUAUAUGUUUUAUGAUACUUACUUUUUAUAUGUUUACCGUGUUUGUAUUCCUACAUUUAUAUCAUAAUUACACUGAAAUUUGUAUUUGAAAAUAAAUAAUUACAAAUAAAACAACAAUUUGUGCUA